AUGCACAUGGCGCGUCUCUGGGAGUCUUCGCGCGUCGGCAAGGGUUCCUACUCGCUAGAAAGCCUCUCCGAAGAGCUCUACAUCCGCAAGCGUCCCUACAAAGAGAUCUUCGGAAAGCCCCACAUCAAGCGCGACGGCAUGCAGGGCAAAACCAUCGACGUUCCCCCCGUCAUCGUCGCUUUCUCCCUCUCUCCUCACCCCCAGGACCUCCAGCGCGGCUCCGCCACGCGAUCUGCAUGGAUCGACUACUCGGCGUUCGACGCCGAAGCCACGUGGCACGUGCGCAAAGAGCUCGAAUCGCUUCUCCGCGAAAUGUUUUGGACUUCCGAGUCGCUCAACGGCGCUCUUUCCGAACUCUCCAUGUGGGAUUUCUACCGUCGCUACUACCGCGACUUCGGUCAACUGCUCGUCAACAUGGAGCGGCGCGGCAUCCACGUCGACGUAGCGCGGCAUCUCCCCGAAAUCGAGCGGGAAGCGCGCGCCGCGCUGGAAAAGGCGCGAAACCAGUUCAAGUCGUGGGCCGUCGCGGAGGGCGGCAGCGAUCUGCUCUUCAUGAACGUGCACAGCACGGCGCAGAUUCAGCAGCUUCUCUUCGCGCCGGGUUUUCGCGGAGGGAGGGCCGGGUUGCCGCGGGAACGCGAGUUUUCUGUGGAGAACACGACGGGAUUCGUGGAACCGGGGAAGAAGAAACCGCUGAAGAACCGGACGAUUUUGAUUCGCGGGUUGGGGAUUCCGCCAAUCAGCUUCACGGAAAAAGGCUUGCCGCAGUGCAACGCGGCGACGAUUCAGGAGUUGGCGGGGAAGAUCGACGAGGAGAACGUGGAGAAGAGCGAGUUUGGGAAGGCGUUUGAGGCGUUGGGAGGCGGAGACCGCGGGAAAGCCGCGUGUCUGGCGCUGAACGCAUUGAGCCGCGUGAAUUCGAUCGAAACGAUGCUGAACACGUUUAUUUUGCCGCUGCAAAGCGUAGCGGACGCAGAGCAGAGAGUGCACUGCUCGCUGAAUUUAAACACGGAAACGGGGAGGCUUUCCUCUCGAAACCCCAAUUUACAAAACCAACCAGCGUUGGAGAAGGAUGUGUACUUCAUCCGAAAGGCGUUUAUGGCCAAGCCAGGGAAUAUUCUGCUUGUGAGCGAUUAUGGACAGCUCGAGCUUCGCGUGUUGGCGCACAUGACGAAAUGCAAGGCGAUGAUCGAAGCCUUCCGCCUGGGAGGCGAUUUCCACAGCCGAACGGCGCUUAGCAUGUACGACUACAUAAAGGAAGACAUUGCGAAAGGAACUUGCUUGUUAGAGUGGGAUAGCUCGAAAGGAGAGCCGCCCGCGCCGCUGUUAAAGCACAAAUACGCGAGUGAGCGUCGACAGGCGAAGAUCCUGAACUUCUCACUCGCAUACGGGAAAACGGCACAUGGGCUGCAGAAGGAUUUUGGCGUGUCGUUAGAGGAGGCGAAGGAAGUGUUGGCGAAGUGGUACAAAGAGCGUCCAGAAGUGAAGAGAUGGCAGGAGCUAACGAUCCAAACAGCGAAGGAAACGGGGUUCACACGCACGUUGAUGGGGAGAUAUCGGCCAUUGCCGGAUAUCAACUCGAAGAAUAAGUGGAAGGAGGGGCAUGCGUGUCGUGCAGCGAUUAACACGCCGAUUCAAGGCGGGGCUGCGGAUAUCGUGAUGAUGGCGAUGCUGAAAAUCGAGAAAGACGAGCGAUUGCGACGAUUGGGGUUCGAGAUGUUGCUGCAAAUCCACGAUGAAGUGAUUUUGGAGGGACCGAUCGAGAAUGUGGCGGAAGCGAAGAAGUGUUUGGUGGAGGAUAUGAUGCAUCCGUUUGCUCGACCGCUUCUCGUUGAUUUGGUGGUUGACUGCAAUGCGGCUCCUUCGUGGUAUGAAGCCAAAUAAAUUCUAAGUUGGAUGAAUUGGAUUGGAGGAGAUCUCAUUCUGCUUUGUAAUUCUAUUACGUUGUUU